UUGGGUGUAAGGGGUGAUCUGCCAAAUGAUUUUUUUCUUUUAUCAAUUAAAAAAAUAAUGCAUUUCUAAUAAAAAUGCUUUAUUUAAAAAUGAAAUAUAGAAUAAUUUCUACAAAAUUUAGAGUAACAGACAUUGUUGAUUUAUAAUAUUUUUGGACAAAAUUAAAUGUAAAGUAUCGAACAAAAAUUAGCUGAUUUUAUAUCAGUUCAUAUUUUAGAACUAAUGUUCUUUGAUUUAUAUUUUGAUCUUAUUUUUAAAAGAAGCUUCUUUUAAUAAAAAAGUUUUUUUUUUAAAAAAUAACAUGACGAACUUGUGGGCCGUAAAUAGCUUAGGAAAAGUAUAUACUUUAUCUACAAAUGAUGAUCAUUGGACCGAAUUAAAGUCCGAUGGAAUUGAUUUUAAAAAAGUUGCCGCUCAUGAAUUUUUUACUUGGGCAAUAAGUGGGGAUCAUCAAAUAUAUAUCUACGUUCCCACAAAGGAUAUUCCAAUUAGAUGCAAAGUUGUGACUUAUGAGAAUGAGCGCUGGAAUCCUUUCAGUGGCUUUAGUACUAAAUUGUUGCCUACUGAUCGUCCUCACUGGAGUAGUGCUGAUGGCUUGGUUUCUCUGCCUCAAGGAAAUUUUCACUUGCCUUCCAAAAGCUGGGAAUGGGAGGAAGAAUGGUAUGUUGAAGACAACUUAGAUGGUCAACCCCUGGGACCUGAGGGUUGGACUUAUGCAGCUGAUUUCCCUGCUAAUUAUAGUCCUAACAAAACAUGGAAUUCUCUUGUAAGACGCCGCAAAUGGAUUCGUUACCGUCGUUUCUGUGCUACCAAUAAAUGGUCUUUGAUACCCAGCAUCCAUGAAGAUCCUGUCACGGAACCUUUUAUUGAUGUGACAGUUGGAGGUACUGAAAUACCUGGUGGGGAAUCCAACAAAUUUAGUGUUUGGGCAGUUACUAUAAUGGGAAGAGUCUUGUUUCGUUAUGGAGUAACUGAAUCUUCUCCUGAAGGGAGUGGUUGGGUCCCUAUAAAAACACCUGGUCAAGCAGAUGUUAGUCAAAUUUCUGUGGGCCCAACAGGUUUGACGUGGGCUGUGACUUGGGCUGGAAAUGCUAUAGCUCGUACUGGUAUUACAAGAGAAAAUAUAAUGGGAAGUGAUUGGGUUGUUGUUGAUCCUCCUUCUAGUUCGGAUCCUUUAUCACAAAUAAGUGUUGGAAAAGAUGUUGUUUGGGCUUUAAGUAAAGAUAAUAAGGUAUGGUUUCGAAAGGGCAUUGAUGGGUUGCAUUCUGGGGAAAAUGUGGCAGCUGCUACUGGAACUGGGUGGAUUGAAAUGUUUGGUACCAUUUCUGGUAUAAGUGUUGGUAGCGAUGAUCAGGUCUUUAGCAUCAGUGCCAACUGUCUUGAUAUUUGUAUAAGAACUGGAGUAAAUUCUAAUGAACUUUUUGGCCGAACCUGGAAAACUCUGAAAGCUCCCAUUCAAGAUUUACAUAGUUCUCCCAGCUCUUCAAGUUUAGAUUCCAUGUCUCUUAGCUCUCACAGAGACUCUGUUUUCACUUCUGACUCCAUUUCUUUAAGCCAAUCGCCUGAAAGUGCUCGAAAAAUAAGCAUUCGUAGUGCUGUGUCGUAUACAUCAUCCGAAAAGUCAGAUAAUUGUGUUAGCCCGAAUUUAGAUCUUGAUGAAUCUUCAGAACAAAACCGUUCUGAUUCUGUUCUAAGUAAUCAUCAAGAUGGUACACAUGGUCGAUUUCAUAGUAUUGCCAACAGGACUUCAUCAUACUCUAGUUUAGACAGUGAAAGCCUUUAUUCUGACAAAGUGAUGACUUUACAAGCUCCUAUAGAAAUGGUUGUUGAUCCAAGCUGUCGGGAUAUAUUGUGGAUAUGGAUUAGUGCUAGUGGUUGUGCUAUAAAUUCAGAAUCUUUGCCAUAUUGGUUUUCAGAAGGUACUUCUGCAAUCAGAAGUGCUGUUGAUGAAGUGUGGUAUAAUGAUAUUAUUACUCAGUUGAGGAACAGAUUUAACCGAGAAGUACUUAAUUUCUCUUCUUACCCUAAAGCUAUUGAACAGACAACUUGGGUAAAAACUGCUGCUUGCCGCUUUUUCAAAAGUAGCUGGAUAAAUUGUAUCAUAGAGCUUGUUCAACAUGGAGAUCAGAAUAGCAAAGGUUUACUGACAUGCCAUUAUCAAAAAGAACAGGUAUCAAUCCCUCUCAAUCAAAUUACAUGUGUUGCCUGCCUUCCUGAUUGGAAUAAAAAUAUUUUGGUUAUACACACUGCCAAAAGAACAAUGAAAGGAGCACCUUACAAAUUUUCUUUCACUUCUAAUGAUGCUUUAGAAGAUUGGGUGGCAACAUUAAAUACUGCUUGUCGCAAUGUUCAUAAAUUGACAUGGGUACCUGAGAAACCUGCAGUUUGGUCUGUUACUGUGAAUGGUGAUGUCUUUGUACAUAAAGCUACGUCUAAAACAGAAAUUGAACCACCGGUGAAUAUGAAAUGGUGCCUUCUUGGAGGUGGACAUUUGAGGCUUAUUGAAACAUGCCCUGCUGGUAUUGCUUGGGCUUUAGGAUAUAAUUGUAUAGCAUGGACAUAUAGCGGAGGUUAUGGUGGUGGCCCUUAUCAUGGUGUCCCUGGGAGCAAUGCUAUUAUUGGUCCAAUGUCAGAUAUGAGAUGUCUGUAUAUUUAUGAAAACCAAAGAUGGAAUCCUUUGUCAGGCUUCACAUGCAAAGGCUUACCUACUGAUCGGUAUAUGUGGAGUGAUCAGACAGGAAGGAUAGAAUGUACCAAAGAUAAUACACACUUACCAUCUGCACAUUGGCAAUGGACUUCUGACUGGUGUGUUGAUUACAAAACUCCAGGGGGUGUUGACAGUGAAGGUUGGCAAUAUGCUACCGAUUUUCCUAGGUCCUAUCAUGGUUAUAAACGCUUCACUGAUUAUGUUAGACGAAGAAGAUGGUACAGGAAAUGCAAACUAACUACUACUGGUCCUUGGAAAAAAUUAGGUAAUACUCCACUACUAGAUAUUUCGUUUCAAGUCGAUCCGAUUUCUGAUAAUGAACCAAUCUCAGUGUGGGCUGUUGCUAUAAAUGGAGAUGUUUUAUCCAGAGUUGGAGUAACAGAAAAUUCUCCCAGGGGUUUAAACUGGAUCCAUAUCUCAUCAGAAAAGUCAUUCCGUUCCAUUUCUGUCGGAGGUGGAAGUACCGUGUGGGGCAUUGCUGAAGAUGGUUCUGCACAGCUAAGACACGGAAUCAGUUCUGCUGUUCCAACUGGUCAGUAUUGGUGUCACAUUGAACCUCCACAAGUAGGGUGCCCAUUGCGACAGAUAUCUGCAGGGAAAACCAGAGUAUUUGCUGUAGAUGAAAGUAACAGGUUAUGGUCAAGACAAGAAAUUGUUCCUAUUUUUAAAGAAGGUACUCAUUGGAAAUGGGUAUCAGAUGAUGUGCAACAAGUUUCAGUGGGCCCAAAUGAUCAGGUGUGGUGCAUAAAAAAUAAUUUUGUAACUCCAUCUGGGGUUAUUUCUGGUGUUGUUUGUCGACGUAUUGGAAUCACAGAAGAAAAUGAUUGUGGAACUGGUUGGGAACAAGGUAUUGGGGGUUGCUGGACUCAUAUUACGGUCAGAGGAUGCCUUCUCCCUGAGAAAGAAUAGAAUUUAACAAUUUGCUAUCAUCUGUAAAAAUAUUAUUUUGAUAUUUGUAAAACUCUACUCUUUCAAGAAUUUCAAAUGCAAAUAUUUAUGCCACAUUGAUUAUUACAAUUAUUGGAUGUUUGAAAAUAUAUGAUGCAAUUCUAAAUCUCUGUCAUUGCUAUUUUAUAAUCCUUUAAAAAAAUCAUCCAUUUGUUGUUGUAUAAAGAAUGUGCUUUAAACUCUUUACAGAUUUUGCAUUCAUGAUUAAUGAUAGUUUUUAUAAUUUUUAUUUUCCAUUUUUAAUUAAUAUUAAGCAAGCUAUUUUAAAAAGCAUGUGUUGGUUUGUGAAUUAUCAGAAAUGUGUUUGAUUUCAACGAACUUGUCAAUUAAGGGAUAAAAUGAUUUGUUGAUCAGAUCAUUGUGAUAUUUUUAGUUUUUUUAAGAAGUUUUUUAAUACAUUUAUUAUAAUUUAUGUUGUUCUGUAGAUAUGUAUAUUAAAUUAGAUUCUGUAAAUUAG